AUGGAACAACCUCCUGGUUUUGAAGAUUCCAACAGACCCAACUAUGUGUGUCAACUCAAUUGUGCUCACUACGGCUUAAAACAAGCACCACGUGCUUGGUUCCAACGAUUAAGCUCCUUUCUUCUUAAUCGCGGCUUUGUCAACAGUCGAGCCGAUACAUCCUUGUUUGUUUACAAACACCAAGGCAUCUUAAUUUAUCUCCUUGUUUAUGUUGACGACAUCAUUAUUACUGGAAAUAAUGACAUUUUCAUCAACAACUUCACAGCUUCUCUAAACAAGGAAUUUAAAAUAAAAGACCUUGGCUUGCUAAAUUUUUUUCUCGGUCUCGAAGUCCACCACACCAAAUCGGGUCUUUUCCUAAAUCAAUUAAAAUAUGCUCAUGACAUUCUCACUCGAGCCGGUUUACUGGACUCCAAACCGGUUGCCACUCCUCUCACAUCCAAAGAUGUCUUCACUUCCCAAGGCCAACCGUUUCAUGAUCCUACUCUGUAUCGUUCCCUUGUAGGCGCUCUCCAAUAUCUCACAGUCACUCGUCCCGAUCUCUCCUAUGCCGUCAACCAAGUUAGCCAAAUCCUUCAAAAUCCCACAACCAAUCAUUUCCAGCUAGUAAAAAGGAUUCUUCGUUAUGUUAAGGGCACUUUAUCACAUGGUUUAACAUUUGAUCGUCCACCUAACACUACUUUAUUAGGUUUUUCAGAUGCAGAUUGGGCUCGCUGUAUCGACACUCGAAGGUCCACCUACGGCUAUUGCAUCUACUUAGGAGGAAACUUAGUGUCUUGGAACGCUAAAAAGCAACCAACGGUGUCACGAUCCAGUUGUGAGUCAGAAUAUCGAGCAAUGGCGAACACGACAGCAGAAAUUGUUUGGCUAACUAACCUACUUCGGGAACUUCAUGCUCUUCCACCUGGGCGACCGACUCUAUUAUGUGAUAACAAAAGUGCGUUGUUCUUAAGUCAAAAUCCGAUCUCACACAAAAGAGCGAAACACAUUGACAUCGAUUAUCAUUUCGUUCAUGAAUUAGUAACCGCCGGGAAGCUUCACACAAAAUUCAUCUCAACAGAUAAACAAGUCGCAGAUAUUUUUACCAAGAGUUUACCAAAACCGUUGUUCGAAAAAUUUAGAACAAUGCUUCGUCUUGGACCACCUCCAACUUGCAUUGACGGGGGGUAUUAG